AUGGGCACGGCGACCAUCACCAGACCUGAGGAGGUGAAGCAGGCAGCCAUGGUGAUGAAGGAGGAGGAGCUGGUGAGCGAGAGGACGCAGGCCUUCACCACAGCCAGAAACCUGCUGAAUGCUGCAGCCGACGCCGUGGAGAGAAUCAUGAGUUCCUACAAGGAGGUAACAGAGUUGGCGGGUUACACAUCUCGAGUCUCUGAGAUGCUGGAUGUGUUUGAAGACGUGAAUAAGGGAGUCUACCGUCGCUCUGCAGACAGAGAGGAGGCGAUAGCAGCAGCAGCAGCAGCAGGAGGAGAAACAGGAGUGAUCCAGCACGGGCAGAGGGUCUGUGGCCGUCUGGAGAUCAGAG